GCACCUGCGGAGCGACGGCCGCCCGGGGUGGACAAAGUUUUGGCGUUCGUUAGAGACGGCAGAGAGUGGCAAGGCGGGGUACUGGGUCUGCAAGCAUGGCUGAGGCCGAAGCCAACGGCCGCAUCGCAUAUAUCCAAGGCAUUUUCAGUUCAAACAGGUGUCUGUACAGUGGCCCCUCAUGUUCAAGCAAGCUCGCCGGGAAGCUUUUCCAUUCGCCAUCCCUUCACAUUUGGUUAAGCGGGUGUGGAGAAGAGGAUGCACCGCGGCCGAGCCCUGCGCUGUGCCGAGGCCGUCCUUUAUGCCUCCCCCCUCGUCCGAUGAUAUGCCACAUAACAGCCAGUGCCAGCUUUGCGAGUUUCCCGUCCUUCUCAGGGGUCUGCAGGGAUUCUUUAUGCCAUUUGUUUGCUGCGGCUACUGGGAAUGACCAAGCCAGCUCGCAACGCCAUGACGGCAUACGGUUUCCAAACGUCUCAGGGCACAUGCUUUGGAGGUUCAUCGGGCAGGAGGCGGGUUCCCUCAAUUUGAUAUUUAACAGACAGCCGUUGCACGUUUUUGACUUGUAACGCAAUCGUAUGCACGCUCGGUGGUUUCCAGUCUGCAGCUCAACUCAUC